AACAUUUAUAUUGUAGGAAGCCCCUUGCGAGUACAUAUACACAUUACAAAUAUAUUGUUUUUAAUUUUAUGUACCGUAUGCACAUUCCAGGUGGCGUUCAUUUUUCCACUUUACUAUGGAAUCAUUAUCUACCGGCCUCCUUCAGCUUGUUAUUGUGAUCUUUCUACUGACAAUGCCAUCGUCAAAUGGAAACAAAUUUCAUUGUCCUGUUACUGCUGAUAUCAGAGAAUUUGAAAAAUAUUUUGAGACACUCGAGGAAAUAUUGCAUGAAAAGGACCUAAUUACGGAUGUGAGCCUACUAAAGACAAGUGAGCUAAAACAGAUACAGCCUUCUGAAAGAUGCUGCUUUCUGCUCAGAUUAGGGAAGUUCUAUAUCACCAAUGUUUUUCCAGAAGUAGAAUCCAUUUUAAACCAGCAACAUCAAGAUGUUACCCACUUGGCCAAUUCCAUACUAGGUGUAAAUAAAUCACUGGAAGAAUGUCACAAUAGUUUAAGAUGCCCCUGUGGUGCUCAGUCCCAUGCAGUUAUGAAGAAAUUCAAGGAUGACUAUUUUAAGAUGGAAACUGAAGCAGCUGCCAUUAAAGCUAUUGGUGAACUGAACUUACUGUUUCACUGGAUGGAAAAUCACUAUUUAAGUUUAUAACUAAAAAAAAGUUCUAUUUUGUAUUUUCUAUUAUGUCUAUUUAUUUAGCUAAUUUAGUUACUGAAUCAUUACAUAAUUUAUAA